AUGUCUACCGUCUACUUGAGGCAAGCCCCCCCUUCACCCCCAGAGAGUGCUCCCGAAGCCACCGUCGAAGUAUUUGCCCUCCAAGCCGGUCAUUUUUCGCUACCUGAACGAUACUUUGUGCAUCCAGCCUCGGAGACUGCCCGCAGGACCGUCCCUUCUCUCUCCUUUUUGAUAAUCCACCAGGAUCCCGAGACAAAUCGCAAAACUCAAAUAGUCUUCGAUUUGGGCCUUCGUCGGGACAUACGUCGCUAUCCCGAGCCAAUCCAGAAACAUGUCGAGACGAGACAGCCUAUGGCGACGCUUCCAGAUGUGACCAAAAGCCUGGCCGCCGGUGGCUUGACUCCAGAAGAUAUUGACUAUGUGAUUUAUUCACAUGUUCACUGGGACCAUGUUGGAGAGCCUCGUGAUUUUCCCAAAAGUACCUUUGUGGUCGGGAAUGGCGCGAAGGAUCUACUUCAGGGGGCCGGUUCAUUAAGAGGUAGUCAUUCAUUCUUCGAGGCUGAGCUGCUACCCCCCGAAAGAACCAUCCAACUAUCUAAUCCUUACGAGGAAACCGACGGGGAAACCAAGAAACACGUCAUAAAGCCCCGUGGCCCGGAUUUCUUCCAGGAAUGGAAGCCCCAUGGCAGUCUGCCUCGGGUGCUCGAUAUAUUCAACGAUGGGAGUUUAUAUAUUGUUGACUCUCCUGGUCAUCUGCCUGGCCAUAUCAACCUCCUCGCAAAGACGGGUCCCUUGAGCAGUGUCUACUUGGCUGGGGAUGCCUGUCACGACCGACGGAUCAUGCGCAAUGAGAAGCGGAUAGGAGAAUGGCUUGAUGAAGAGGGGCACAUUUGCUGCAUUCAUGCCGACAAAAAGCUGGCCGAACAGACAAUUGAGCGGAUUCAAGAACUGGAGUCGAAUGGUAUCGAGGUCAUUUUCGCUCACGACUUUGAGUGGGAAGAGGAUCCCCGGAAUCAUUCAAGAUUUUUUGGGCAGUCCUAG